GAUUUGCUUGUGGAGUCUGAGCUUGUAGCAUCUGGAUCCAUCAAUGGAGUCAUAAAUGGAAAACAUUAUAACCGUGCCAUCCGCACACACAAAGUGAUGUUUGAAGCAUUGACACGCGUCUUAUUUGAUAUGUACAUGCAGUCACUGCCUGCAGAAUCGCUGGAGCAAAUAUCACUUUUUAUUGGUAAGAAUUUCUCACUUGCUUUGAUUUUUAAGAUGUCAAUGAUCAAACGUUUGUUAAUUACAGCAUUUACGAUUUAAUUAUUUUCGUCGAUGCUAUUAAAAUUUUGAUGCCCUUUAGUUUAGUGGGAAAAUUUCUACAUUCUGUUUUUCAUUGAAUUUCUGGAAUUGAAAAAAAAAAUGUUAUUUGGCAGAGACCAUGGCCAAAACAUUUUCAGACGAACAAUUUAAAGAUUACGGACUCUCUGAAGAAUUUCAGUCCAUCCAGAAUGGCUUCAAUAUUUACGUAAACGAAAAACCAGCUACAAAAAAAAACAAUGGGAAUGUGGAUGGUAUACAUGCAAAUGGUACAGACUCUUCUUUUGUUCAUUCGAGCAACCGGCCCGUGACAACAACUGGGAAUUGCACUUAUCAGCUGUGAGAUCGAUGCUCCCUUGGUGUUUCGCGGCAGACCGUGUCAACUACGCCAGAUACGGAUCAAUAUACAGUAUUGGCUUGAGAUGAUUUGCAUUAAUACGACUCAUCCAGGUACACAAAAUUAUAUUCAGUAUUUAGAUUACAGUGGAUCAUAGGUUUGUGCAUAUAUGUAUAUGCCAUAUGUUUAUAAUUGGAGCUUUUAGUAAGUUGUAAACUUCAUUCCUUUGAACUCCUAGAUGCACUACAUGGAAUCGAAGCAAACUGGACAUGUCAACGACAACAAAAAUAUGGCUUUUCAUCCUCAGCGUGCGAUCAAGUUAUGGAGCAGACCUUCAACCGGGACUCAAAGACGAAAGGUGGCAUAACGGGAUUUACUCUUAAUAUAUCUGCCGUUCAGCGAUGGAUUCUUGCACAGUCGGAAAGAGGCUCAAUUACAAGACAGUUCUAUUGUAAGUAG